GGUGCUUCACCACUGACUCAGUGAAAGCUAACAGGUUAUAAGUUACUGAGGUUACAAGUCUGAUUCUUUGUUUCUAUUAUUUCUUCCAGGAAAUGUCCGGUCUUUCCAUCCCUCUGUUUCUGACAGUGCUCUGUUUCCUGCUUCUCAGGCCCCCUCCAUGUAGCAGCAGCAACAUUCUGGUAGUCCCCGUCGAUGGUAGCCACUGGAUAAACAUGAAAAUUAUCCUUGAACAGUUACACUCCAGGGGCCACAACAUCACAGUUCUGCGCUCUGCAAAGAGCUGGUACAUCCCUAAUAACUCUUCCAUUUAUACUUCUAUUAAUAUAAGCACGCUGGAGGAUGAGUCAGACAUUAACUACUACAACAAAAUGAUACAAGAUGUUAUGGAAUGUCGCACUUAUCCUACAUUUAUACGCACGUUCUGCCAACAGUACUUGAUCAUGUCCAUGUUAGAUCAGGCUCACAAGAUCUUGGCCAGAUCAGUUGCUACAAUAAUAGAAGACACAGUAUUUAUUCAGAAGCUACAGGAUACCAAGUUUGACUUAAUGUUAACUGACCCUGGUCUGACAAUAGGAAUACUUCUUGGAACUUACCUCAAGCUGCCUAUGGUUUUUAUUUAUACUGGAGAAGGUCAUUUCACCAUAGCUCCAUCUCCUAUCUCAUAUGUCCCUGUGCCAGGAAGUGAGCUCCAUGAUCAGAUGGACGUUCUGGAAAGAAUCAAAAAUAUGCUGCAUUAUCUUUAUAGUGUCAUUGAACAGCACUUGAUCAUAAAUCCUGCCUACUCAGACCUGCUCCAACGACACUUCCCUCCUGGUACUGAUUUGCUGUCUUUACAGCGUAGAGCUGAUAUCUGGCUGUUCAGGGCAGAUUUUGUCUUUGAGUUCCCUCGGUCCACAAUGCCUAAUGUAGUAUAUGUAGGGGGCUUCCACUGCAAAAAGGCCCAACCCCUCCCUGCUGAGCUGGAAGCAUUCGUACAGAGCUCCGGAGAACACGGAGUGGUUGUCAUGUCUCUGGGGACGUUGAUAUCAGUCUUACCUCGGAAGGUCACAGAGGCCAUUGCUGCUGCUUUUGCUGAGCUCCCUCAGAAGGUGAUUUGGCGUUUUGUGGGUGAAAAACCUUCAUCUCUUGGAAACAACACCGUGCUGUUGGAGUGGCUACCUCAGAAUGACCUCCUGGGACACCCCAAGACCCGUGCCUUUGUGGCCCAUGGAGGCACCAAUGGCAUGUAUGAAGCCAUCUACCACAGUGUUCCUGUUGUGGGCCUCCCACUCCUCUUUGACCAGUUUGACAACUUACUCCGGCUGAAGGUCCGUGGUGCAGCUCAGGUUGUAGAGGCUUACUCACUGACCAAAGAAGACUUCCUGGGCGCUCUCAAGGAUGUUCUUGAGAAUCCCUCUUUCCACACUAACAUGCAGCAUCUGUCCCAGCUACACCGUGACAAGCCAGUGACUCCAAUGGACACUGCCAUCUUUUGGAUUGAAUAUGUCAUCAGGAACAAAGGAGCACCUCACCUACAGUCAGCAGGUUUUCAUCUGCCUUGGUAUUCCUACUUCUGCCUGGAUGUGGCUGCUUUAACAAUAGCUAUAACUGGAAUUUUCAUCUGGGCUUUGGUCUUUGUCUGUAGGCUCCUCUGCUGCCAGAAGUCAAAGAGAAAAAUGAAACCAGAGUAAAUGACCCAAACAUGAUACAGUCUUUGCAAAGUUUAGUUUAACAGAGUCAAUGUCACAUGAUUAGUCUUUACAAUAAUUUCUCCCUUAAAUUUUCGCUCUAAAGAAGAUGUAAAUUGUUGCAAUUAGAACUGCAUUUGCUAGAGAUUUAGAAAAAGUUACCCCAAAAGAGAUUUGUCAUUCAGGGGGAAUAGUUUUACUUCAUAUAGGCAUCAUAUAGUACAACAUGGUUUUUGAUAUGAUAUCAAAGGUCAGGAAAUUUGUGUUAGGUUCAUUAUUUGUUUGUUGUAAUAAUGCUUCUUGGUUGAUUGUCAGAGAAGAUUCAACCCAUAAGCUCAACUCUGCUACUAAACCUACAAAUGCAUUAAGGGGAAAUAAACAGCCUUUCCAACACAUACGAUAUAUUGGCAGAAAGCAUUGUUACGACAAUGAAAUAAUUGACUAAACACAAAUUUCUUUACUUUUUGUGCUAACUUUAUUACAAUUAGCUACAAAUGUGCUUUAACUAUCUGAAAGAAGCUGUUUGAGCUCCCUUUCACUCCCUUUAGGCCAAAUUCAUUCUGAUUGGCUGCCCCUCAUAAACA